AUGUGCGAGUGCGAACCAGUUGUAAUCAGAAUAAUUUACUCUAGGCAAGCGAUCCCUGUGGAGAAACACGCGGAUCUUGGGUUGAUUGACAGGGACCCUAUAUCUGACCCAUACCCAUACAUGCAUGGAGUAGGUACAUGUAUGAAUGGCUUAAGAGAAGACGUCGCCUGGUCUGUAGGCGUGUGCAUACUUUGCCGGUCAAGAUCCGGGGUGCCGAGGGAUAAAAACUUAUAA